AUUUCUUAGUAGGUGUUGUUUAUCGCAUAAUUUUAAUGUGUAUAUAUGUUAUGUAUUCUGUAUGUAUGCCUGAGAAUAAAUUUGCGUACAGUUACUUAAUUUUCGUGGGAUGAUAUUACGAGUUAAUAUCCUGCUUGUUUAAUAAUGUCUCAAGCUGUUAUAUCAACCAGCCAGGCUCACGAUAGCCCGAUUGUAGAAAGGAAUAUUCAUGAAAUGCUAAAGGACACUCCUGUCAUGAAUGAUAGUAAUAGUGCAGUCCAUUCAGGAACUGCACCUCCAACACCACAGCAUCUAGGUUAUAUACCACAUCCCACUUCUCUGCCAUUAUCCACAACUGCAGCACCAUCUACAGUUGCCACAACGCCAUUGAGCCCUACACAGAAUGGUGACCCCACUAUUGUAAAGGCACAACAAUCUAAGAUCGAAACAAUUAAAAACUGGAGUAUUUCAACAUACAAGUGUACAAAACAACUGAUGUUUGAGAAACUGGGUAAGACAUCAAGGACUGUUGAUACAGAAUUGGAAGCACAGAUAGAGCAGUUGCGGGACACACAGAGGAAAUACUCAAACAUUCUGCGCCUCUCCCGAGCAUUGGCCAGUCACUUCUAUCAUGUUGUGCAGACUCAGCACGCACUGGGUGAGGCAUUCUCAGAUCUAGCACAGAAGUCCCCAGAACUGCAGGAGGAGUUCCUGUAUAAUGCAGAGACACAGCGGAACCUCACCAAGAAUGGUGAGACUCUUCUGGGGGCACUCAACUUCUUUGUUUCCUCAGUCAAUACUCUAUGUAACAAGACCAUAGAAGAUACGCUACUCACCAUCCGUCAGUAUGAGACAGCCAGGAUAGAGUACGAUGCUUACAGAACAGACCUAGAGUUGCUGGCUCAGGCACCAAGAACUGAUGCCAACACGGCACGCCUCGAAGAGGCACAGCAGAAUUAUGACCUCCACAAAGUUAACUUUGAGAAACUUCGCUCUGAUGUUUCCAUAAAACUGAAGUUCCUGGAUGAGAACAGGAUCAAGGUGAUGCAUAAGCAACUGUUACUGUUCCACAAUGCUGUGUCUGCAUAUUUUUCUGGAAACCAAACAGCAUUAGAAGCGACAUUGAAGCAGUUUAACAUCAAGGUCAAGUCGCCAAAUUCUUCAUACCCAUCAUGGUUGGAACAAUAAUAGCAUUGCUAUUAUAGCAGCAGAAUUUUGUACUGUGAGUGAGCUCAUCGGACUGGCCGAUGGUACAAGGAAGUAGUCAUCGUGAGUAACUGAGUAUGAAUCAGAAUUUAGGUUGGGCAGCUGUUACCAGCCCAGUGGUGUAUAGAGAGGCAGAAUUUAGGACGUUGGAAGGUUAGAAUACCAACAUUUCAGUCUGAACAAUCACUUGCUGUCAUGUUUGAUCUCAUUUGGUUUUCUGUGUCAUAAAGGGAUGUUAUAAAGGGAAUAUCUGCAGUAAAGCUUCUUUGGUAUGAUUUUCAAGGGACCAAGAAGUAAAUGUUGGUGUGUAAACAAUAUAUGUUGUUGUUGUUUCUUGGCUCUGCAACCCGGUUGUGGGUUUUCGCCGCCAAUAUAAAAGUUGCUUAAUUCUCUUAGUAUAUUUAGAAUACUCAAUUCUUUGUGUUCAUUUGGAUGUUGCAGCUGGUUUAUCCGAUCUUGCUUUAUCACUUCCCUUGUUACUAUCAACUUCUGCUUCAUUUUCUCUUUACCAUUUUGCAGUGAUAAGGAAUUUUAUUUAGAACAUGUCAGAAGCUUUGAGUGGGAAAAUUAGGAAUUUUAGUGUGCGAAACAUGGUAAAAUUAUUAUGUACAGUAAUGGAACUGUAAGUUAUCAGUAUUUGAAGACUGGAAACACAUUGAGGAUCAUUCUAAAGAAGUUUCACUGAUUAUUCUCGACUGUGCACAUCUUAUUGACUUGUUUAUCGAGUACUCUGUACAUCUUCAUGAUGUGGUGUGUAAUAAAUACCACAGACAACUUUGUUUUAACAAAUAAUACCAGAUGUUUGGUGCAAAAAUAAGGCAAAUACAGUUUUUGACUCAAAAGUACAAAUUUACCUAAAUUGUUUAAUCUUUUUUUUUUAUGUAAGUUUAUAAGAAGUGGAGUUGUAGCUUUUUGCAAUAAACCCUCAAAACUUACAAUGAAAAAUUACAAUAUAUUUUGGAAUAUGACAUUAGUAUUGUAAUGUGGUAUGUACAUGAAAAUGGUGUUGCGCUAUAGGAAGCCCUCUCUAAUACCAGAACAUUAGAACUGUGAAAAAAAGAAAGAAAAUCUGCUCCACAACACAUGCUUCAGAAAAGUAAAUGGAGAACUUUUCAUAGUUUAUGUUACCUGUUUCUGUUUUAAUGAAGUGGUGUGUGAAUGACUUUCUAAUCAGUAUCUCCACACAGACAAAAUGAAGGUAGGAGUUCCAAUACACAGAAAUAAUAAAUUAUGAUUUAACAUAGAUGUUAUGUAAUGCAGAGAAUUUUAAUGAAAUGUGCUACACUAGAACUUGAUAUAAUUAUCUUACCUGUGUAAGAUUAUGGAAUGGUAAACAUAUGAGAGUGUAUGUAUUGUUUGAGCCUUGUUUUGCUAUUUAUAUAUUACUGUGCGUAAUGCAUGGAAGGAUAUGCUGGUGUGAAGGAUCUCAAUGCUUUAUAUCCUAGCAAGAUUAUUAUCAUGUUAAAUGUCA